AUGUGCAUACACCAGUACGGUGGCGACAUCGUGGCGUUUGCGGGAGAUGCGUUGAUUGCGCUGUGGCUGGUGGAAGAGAAGGAAGGGCCUCAGAGCCAGAGCACGUAUAUGGACAAUAUGAAGAAAGCUGCGUUUGCGUCGACGUGGUGUUCGUUGGAGAUACAGCGCACUUUGGGACAGUACGACAGCAGCCCCACAGAGCCAGACCGCUCCAAGAAGGACAUCCUCACCAUCCACAUCACGGCUGGGUUUGGUAGGUAG